AUGGCUACUACUUAUCAUCCGCAAACCAAUAGACAAGUUAAGAACAUUCUUGAGAAUUUUGUAAACCCUUCGAGGAAAGAUUGGUAUUCCCAACUAGAUGACGCUUUAUGGGCAUUGCGGAUAGCAUACAAAACUCGUUUAGGGAUGUUGCUAUAUCAAUUAGUUUAUAGGAAAGCAUGUCACUUGCCAGUUGAACUGGAACACAAAGCAAUGUGGGCAAUUAAGCAAGUGAAUAGGGAUUAUGAAGUGGUUGGAAAGAAAAGAUUGUUAGAUAUCACUAAACUAGAGGAAAUUAGGAGAAAUGCUUAUGAAAAUGUUGCAAUUUACAAGGAAAAGACCAAACGAUGGCAUGACAAGAUUAUUUUACGGCAAUAA